AUGGCCUUCGUCGAUUAUGAGAAGGCUUUUGACAGUAUCAAACAUUGGGCCGUGUUCCACGCUCUUCAUCGCUGCCACAUCGAUUCCCGCUACGUGGAUGUGCCCCGGGAGCUCUACCGUUCAGCCACUCUGCAGGUACGAGUUCACGAUUUAACCAAUCCCGUUCCAAUCCGGCGAGGACUUGAAGAUGUCGUAAAAACCCUUAAAUGGGAUAACCGCGGCAUUAACAUCAAUGGUGUAACACCAUUUGUCUCACCUAAGAUUCGCGGACGAUCUCGUGCUAUUUGCAAGUUUCGACGAUCUCCAAAGGAUGCUGGAACAACUUUAUGA